UCGCCCUCUCAAGAAGAGCCAAGGGCUACUUUCCCCAAUCCCUUCUCCAUUUUCUUUUCCCUAUUUUGCUGCUCACCAGAAAUCCCAAGGCAGGAGAAGAAAUCAACGGACUCCGAUUGAUACCCUCUUCACCCGAUCUCCGACCUUGCCGACCGAGCGAUCCAAACACCAUGAUUCGUCAAGUAGCUUCUCGCUUCCUUACUCGACCUACCGCCGCCGCCGCAGUCGUCACCAUUCGCCGGCCAUUCUCCACCGAGGUCACUGAUUCUUCAUCGGGAGACACUGCGUUUGUAGAGGCAUGGAAAAAGGUUGUUCCCAACAUAGAUCCACCAAGGACGCCUAGCCAGUAUAUGCAACCUCGUCCUCCUACUCCUUCCACUUUGCCCACUAAGCUCACUGUCAAUUUCGUCCUCCCUUACGCUUCUGAACUUUCUGGCAAAGAGGUAGAUAUGGUUAUAGUUCCAGCCACAACCGGGCAAAUGGGUAUUUUACCAGGCCACGUACCCACAAUCGCAGAGCUGAAACCCGGUCUCCUCUCUGUCCAUGAAGGGAAUGAAGUGAAGAAAUACUUCAUCAGCAGCGGCUUUGCUUUUGUCCACCCAAACUCGUAUGCAGACAUAUUGGCUGUUGAAGCCGUUCCCCUUGAUAAAGUUGAUCCAGCAGAGGUUCAAGCAGGCCUAAACAAGUUCACUCAGAAACUCAGCUCAGCUUCAACUGAGUUGGAGAAAGCUGAAGCCCAAAUUGGAGUAGAUGUUCAUAGUGCUCUUAACUUUGCUCUUACAGGUUAAGAGUAAGGCGAGUUUUCGUUUUUCUUUUGUGAUCUUUUUUCGACUCAAUAAUGGUUCUCUCUUAACUUUCUUGAUGCCAUUUUCAAUGGCUAUUUGGAUUUGCCAUUGGAGGGAAGGCUUGUUUUCCCUUUGGUGGCUGCAUAUUUUGAAUGUGGGAUGAUGGACCACAUUUGAUAUCAUGUGUUUUCCUCAAUUGUUGUGGGAAGUUGGAAACAGAAUGUUGAGAAAUGAUAUUAAUUGUUUUGCGAGUCU